ACUCUCCUUCAUCACCACCAUCAUCGCACUCGACAUCGCCCGUGCCAGCACUCCUUACUCCUCUCCAAUCUCCAUGUCACAGCGACAAUGAGCAGGCCGUACGACUUGUCCAAGGUUGACCUGAAGCCCAAGCGGCACCAUGGCUACAGCGUUCUCAUCUUCAUAUUCGGCACCCUCUUUCCUCCUCUCGCUGUCGCCAUACGAUUUGGGCUAGGCAGCGAUUUCUGGCUGAAUCUGUUCCUGACGAUAUGUGGCUAUAUCCCUGGACACGUACACAACUUCUAUAUCCAGAACGUAAGAAACAACAAGAACAACAACCGCACGCCCAAAUGGGCCCAACGCUAUGGCCUCGUCGACACUUCUGAGAUCAAGCGCAAGCAGAAACGUUCCCAAUGGGCUAACCGCUACAACGAUCGCCUCCCCAACUCCACCCUGGAAGGCCAACCUUAUGAGGAAGGCCAGGAACACGAUCCUUCCGUCCACAGCUCCAUCGACGAAGCGGGGAACCGUCGCAACGCAGCUGGUGAACUCUGGAACCCGGAGGAAGAGCGCUACUACGGUCGUAACGAUGCAGCGAGCACCAACUCGGGUGGUCGGUGGCAUUAUCCAGCCAACUUCGACGAUGCGGUGGUGACCCCGAGCGAUGGGCAUGGACAUAAGAAGAAGAAGGGGAAGAAGGAUAGAUGGGCGAGGACGGAGGAUGCGUACAGUCUGAGUGAGGAGCAGGGGAAGAAGAAGAAAAAGAAGAAGCGGUCGGUGAAGCGGACCUCGGAUGUAGAUGGGGACACGUAUUCGAGGAGGAGCGGGUCGACGAACGAGUUCCCGGAGGAUCCAGAGGGUGGGCUAUAUGGGAAUAGCAGUCCGACAGCGGGUGCCAAUGGUAGUGCGAGUGCACCGCGUCAGACGAACGGGGAUGAAGUCUUUAAUCACGAAUUCUAAGGGCUGCGUGUUGGGGGUAGGGCGUUCAGGAAGAUGGCUUGGUAUGGUGGGCUUGGGCAAGUAACUCCUAUGUCCUGCGCCUUGGUCAUCGGGACAUUCUUUCAUUCCUUUUAUUUCCUUCAUCAUUCUCGUUGCAUACAGCUAUCUCAAUCUGGCUUUGGUCUCAGCAUCCCUUGAUGCUCAUCGCGAUCGACCCAUGUAUAAACUCCACUAAAUCACUCUACAUACCCUCUUUGCUUUACUCUACCGCAUCGAGGUCGUUUUCACUCCUCACCGUGCCCGUUGCCUAUUUAUUGCAUUGUUUCUCUCCGAUAGCUUGCGUGUGUUCACUUCCUGCGAGAGCGUCGCGAAUCGUGAAUCCUAUGUAAGUAAUUGGUGUGGUGAUUUCCUACUCAUACCAUCUGGA